GAAGCGGGGGCAGGACGAGGCAGCUGCCCGCAGCCACAGGGAGUCGUCGCCGCGCGUUCGGCCGGCGCGCCCGCCUCCGCCCGCGAACUCCGCGCUGCGCUCCACCGCUCACAUGUGUGCUGCCCGGAUGCCGCCCCUGGCGCACAUCUUCCGAGGGACGUUCGUCCACUCCACCUGGACCUGCCCCAUGGAGGUGCUGCGGGAUCACCUCCUUGGUGUGAGCGACAGUGGCAAAAUAGUGUUUUUGGAAGAAGCAUCCCAACAAGAAAAGCUGGCCAAAGAAUGGUGCUUCAAGCCGUGUGAAAUAAGAGAACUGAGCCACCAUGAGUUCUUCAUGCCGGGGCUGGUCGACACACACAUCCAUGCCCCUCAAUACUCCUUUGCCGGGAGUAAUGUGGACCUCCCACGUUUGGAAUGGUUGACCAAGCACAUGUUUCCUACAGAACACAAAUUCCAGAGCGUUGACUUUGCUGAAGAAGUAUAUACCAGAGUUGUUAGGAGAACACUAAAGAAUGGAACAACCACAGCUUGUUACUUUGGAACAAUUCACACUGACUCAUCACUGCUUCUUGCGGAAAUUACAGAUAAAUUUGGGCAGCGGGCAUUUGUGGGCAAAAUUUGCAUGGAUUUGAAUGACAUUGUUCCAGAAUACAAAGAAACCACUGAGGAAUCAAUCAAGGAAACAGAGAGAUUUGUGUCAGAAAUGCUACAGAGGAAUUAUCCUCGAGUGCAGCCCAUAGUGACGCCAUGUUUUCCCCUUUCCUGCUCUGAGACUUUGUUGGGUGAACUGGGAAACCUCGCGAAGGCCCGUGAUUUGCACAUUCAGAGCCAUAUAAGUGAAAAUCGUGAUGAAGUUAAAGCUGUGGAAAACUUAUACCCUGGUUAUAAAAACUACACAGAUGUGUAUGAUAAAAACCAUCUUCUGACAAAUAAGACAGUGAUGGCACAUGGCUGCUACCUUUCUGAAGAAGAACUGGAUGUAUUCAGGGAACGAGGAGCGUCCAUCUCGCACUGUCCCAAUUCUAACUUAUCGCUCAGCAGCGGCCUGCUCAAUGUGCCAGAGGUCCUGAGACAUGGCGUGAAGACGGGGCUGGGUACAGAUGUGGCUGGUGGUUAUUCAUCAUCCAUGCUUGAUGCAAUCAGAAGAGCAGUGAUGGUUUCCAAUAUCCUUUUAAUUAAUAAGAUAAAUGCAAAAAGCCUCACCCUUAAAGAAGUCUUCAGACUAGCUACUCUUGGAGGCAGCCAAGCCCUGGGGCUGGAUAGAGAGAUUGGAAACUUUGAAGUGGGUAAGGAAUUUGAUGCCCUCCUGAUCAACCCCAAAGCAUCUGACUCUCCCAUUGACCUGUUUUAUGGGGAUUUUGUUGGUGAGAUUUCUGAGGCUGUUAUCCAGAAGUUCCUAUAUCUAGGAGAUGACCGAAAUAUCGAGGAGGUGUAUGUGGGCGGAAAGCAGGUGGUUCCCUUCUCAAGCUCCGUGUAAGACCUCAGCGUCUACAAGUUUUCCUGGGGUAACGCAGUUCUGUAUCUUCUUGUGCCCAGGUGGAGUUAGGAAGUCAAAAAACAGUCCCUUGUUCUUGGGGUGACUAUCUCCUUCUGUGUCUAGUUACAGUAUUCACUUGACAAACCGUUUGAAGGAAGUUGUGCUAAUUCUCAGCUCUGGUUAGGAGGAUUAAAAAUUCCUCCUUUUAGAACUGUUUAAGGUUUACUUUAAAGCUCAAACAUAAGGGAAUGUUAUUACUGGUGGUGUUCUUAUUAUGGGAUUUAAAUAAAAUCUAUUUCACAUUUGGAAACGUGGAGAAAAAAGGAUAUUCCUAUAAGGUUAGAAAGUUUCAGCUAGUAGAUGUGAAAAUUGAAAAACAGAAAAUGAACCAAUGAGUAUAUUUUUACAAGGGAGAAAAAGUUAAGACUAUGAAAAACAUUGGAAAAUCACUUCGGAUUGUGUUUGAAAAUUAUAUACUGAGCAUACUAAUUUAAAAAGUGAAUCUGUUGAAUUUUAAAAUGUGUUUCUAGACUGACCUUGUGUUCUGGAAAUUUGCACUUAAUGGCAUUUGCAUUUCAGAGAUGUGUUAUUGUUGUGCUUUGCCUUCUUACAGGAUGAAAUGUCAGAAAUCGAAUGCCACAUGCUUUCUUAAUAUAGUUCUGUGCUUCUAAGUGUUUGACAGAAGUUGGGUAUUAAAGAUUUAACGUCUCUUGGGAAUAUUAUUCACGUAACUACAUAGCAUAAAUAGCUGUAUUUUUGUGUACUUUGAAAUACCUUAGAGUAUAACUGUGUGAUGCUAUUAUUGCUUCAGUUUUAUCAGAAGAGAAACAAAUUCCAUACUGCACUGUUGUGUAGAUUGGUAUCUUCAUAAAUUGGGGCAAGUUCUGGGCAUCCAGGAGGUGUCAAUACUAAAAGGAAGGGUUUCAUUGUGAUGACCUGUCCUCCCAAAGAACUAUUCCAUAGUUGUUGGGAAUUUCAUACUCAUGUCAAUCUGUUAGAACUUUAAAAUGAAGGACAAAUCCUAUUAGAUAAAUAUUAAAAAUCUUUAAACCCUGCAUAUUGAAAUUACUCUAUUUUCAAUUUUAUCUUGCCUUUUUAAUUCCUAAUAAUUUUCAAGACAUUAGAAUUCUAGGAUGAUGAAAAAUAUUUAGAUGGCCCACUAAUGUUUAUAUUAAUAGGACUUAAUCUGUACUAGACAUCUAGAAACAGUAAACAAAUAGUGUUUUUAUGUUUCCUAAUAUAGUGUGCUUUCCUGUAACCUAGAAUUAAAAACAAAUUAUGACGUUAUGAUAAAAUCCCUAAGAAAAAUUGAUAUGUUAUUUAAAUGCUAUAUUUUUCUCAUUUAACUCCAAACCCUAUAAACCAACAAGAAAAAGGAGAUUUUCUUAAUAUAUGAUAACACUCAUACCUAGGGCUUAGAGCUGACUCCUUAUUAUCACCUCAUAGUAGAGAACUAUGUGUAAUAUUGCUAACUCCGUAUCUACAGAAUGAAGAAGAAAAUUUCUUCCCUGUUACUGUAAAUUUUAUUCUUACACAGUUAUGCUAAUUCAGCAGUCAUUUGCUCAGUCUCCGGCCCCUCACCCCUUGGAAACCCUUCUAGACUUGUGUAUACACUACGCGUGAAGACAGAACAAAUUUUGGUUUUGUAGAGUUUGUGUUGUGAGGUAUUAACUCAGUAAAAACCCAGUUUCCAGUAUCAGUCUCUGGAUUUCCAGAAUUCCUAGCUGCAGAGCCAUGUCAAAGAUGCCCCACCAAAUUUCGUUCCAUUUCUCCCUAGUCCUGGCAGGCGUUUUCUGCUCUAUCUCCCCAGUCCCUGCCAAAGGAUUUGGUUACCCUAGCGUCUAACCCACAUGAGUGGGCAGAGGGAUCUGGAUGACGUGCAAGAUCUGCUAAUCGGCAGCAGCUGUUCUUAGCCUUGGAAAGAUCCACACUUUUACCUUCCCUAAGGAUGUACAUUUUCAUGCUGAACAUCAGUUUUCAUUUAGAUUUAGGACUCACGUGCAGUAAAUGUAAGUGCAGCAUCAGAAGCAGGAAGAAUGGCCACAUACAACCAGCCUGUCAGAUGUUAAAUUUAGCCCUGAUAAUGUAUUAGAGCCUGAAUUUCUUUUCUAGUAAAGAUAGAAUGUGAUAAAAUUCGAGCUCCCUGCAUCACUUAUGUGUUUUACUUCCCCAAGUACAGUAUUGCUGAAUGUUGCAUAUGCUUUUUGUGGUAAUGCAGGCAUUAGACAUACACACGCCCAGAUGUUCUGCACUUUGAAAUGUUGCUUUUGCUCAGUGUGGGUUGACUUUUGAAUUGCAGAGAGGCAGUAUUCCAAGUCAAUUCUGUUUGUCACUUUAGUUUGAAUAUUUUGCUCUCAGACAGCAAAGGAAGGAUUAAAACAUCUUCACAGCCCCCUCACCCUACUCUGCACUAUUUACCUUGGGUUUCAUGACAUUUUUAAUAGAAUAUACUUUAACAGCUAAAAAUGUAUUUGAUAGUAGAGACUACCAUACAUUUAAAAAUAUUUUUGCAACCAGAACACAAAAGGAGGCUAAUUAGCCAACGUAAAUUUAAUUUUCAAGAGAGAGUAAAAUGUAGGAUUAGAACAGGAGCGGUUGUCCUUGUAAUUAUAAACUGAGACCAAGGAAACUCUAUCUCCUUAUUUAUUAGCCCAGCUUCUUCUGAUUUAAUUGCUGAAGGUUUUAGAAUCCAAGAGAAUAUCUUGGAAUAAGCUUCCUUCAUGCUAGAAGGAGGUCUUUCUAAAUUAAUAUUAUGAUCAUUGAACCCCAUUGGAUCUAUUUCUGUGAGGAUUCUACCUGGUCAAGGAAGUUGAGGGGAAACACCCCUGUUAUACUUAGUUGAUCUGAGGUGUGGCCUUGAAUAUCCCUGUCUGCAGCUCCACUGAGAUCUCAGCAGGGAAACAAUGGCUGUGAGAUCCACCAAAGAAUUUUAAAUCUUUACUCCCUUCCAUACUCCUCCUGUUUUUCAUUUUUUCACCUCAGAGCCAGACAUAUGGAAAGCUUUAAAAGCCAGCUAGAAGCCCCGUUGUAUUAAUUCUACCCUGUGCUUGCUAUUCACGGAAGAUAUUCAGAGCUGGAUGCUCCUGUAGCCUACUGGACAGAGGUGAUGAUGCAAGCAAUCAUAUAUUUAUUUGUUUUAAAAAAGUGUUCUGAGUUAAUAAAAAGUAGACUAAAAAAAUGUGUCAUGGGCAGUGUCUUGAAAUAAUUUUCAAGUUGGUGGACUGUAAAUUUUUAAGGUUUUUUUCUUUGCAGUUUCAGAUCUAUUUAGCCACUGUAGGUGUGACUUUGGACCCUGACACUUUAAAGUCUCUCAAGUAUGGGAAGAAGUGCAGAGAUGAACUGACACAUGUUAGAAACCCUGGGGUUGGUCUCCUGCAUGUUUUCACUCUCAGCCCGUCCUUCCUUCCCCUCCUAUAGUCCUGAGUGUGAGAGAUCAAGAGGUGAGGGGUUAAUUUGUAAAUCUGGUCCAAACUGAGUGAAAUGCAAAAGUUGAACAGGCCAAUCAUGACACUAAAUGUAAAUCCCAAGAUGGUUUCCACAGUCCACAGGAUUCAAGUGACUUGAACCAUAAGUGAUAUAUGGUAUUGAUUUACCUGUUCACUUCAUACUCAAAAGUCUGUCAGAAAGCAUUUUCUUAAAAUUGAAAACUACCUUACAUUGUAUUAAACUUCUGAUCGCUGCUGUUAAGAAUAUAUACAUGUAUGUAUUCAUGGGAACAUUUCCCUCAAUAUUUAUAUGAUUUAUUUAUUGUUCCUGUGCUAAGUGAUCUCUCUCUGCUUCAAACAGAAAUAAAUGAGGUUUUGUGUUUA